UUCGCCAUCUACCUCCGUCUCCUUCCCCAACUCCUCUCCAAUCCCAAGCAGCAGCACCGGCAUACCCCAUACUUCACACGCCCAAACCCCAAUCUGCAGCAUCCGGCGGAUCGCGAGCUUGGACAGACCGCUCGACCGGAGCGCGCCCACCAUGAGGCUCCGAUCCGGCGCCGCGCCGCUUCUGCUAACGCUGGUGUGCGCGGCGGCGGCGCUCCUGUGGUGCGGGGGCUGCGAGGCGCGGUUCGUGGUGGAGAAGAACAGCCUCAGCGUGACGGCGCCCGGCGCGCUCAAGGGCGCCUACGAGUGCGCCAUCGGCAACUUCGGCGUGCCGCAGUACGGCGGCACCAUGGUCGGCGUCGUCGCCUACCCCAAGGCCAACCGCAAGGCCUGCAAGGGGUUCGACGACUUCGAUAUCUCCUACAAGGCUAAGCCCGGCGCGAUGCCCACCUUCCUGCUCGUCGACAGGGGAGAUUGCUUCUUCGCAAAGAAGGCAUGGAAUGCGCAAAGAGCAGGAGCAGCAGCGAUCCUCGUCGCCGAUGAUAGAGUUGAACCUUUAAUCACGAUGGAUACGCCAGAAGAGAGCGGAAAGGCAGAUUAUCUAGAGAACAUCACAAUUCCUUCAGCCCUCAUUACCAAAAGUUUCGGUGACAUGCUCAAGAAAGCAAUUGAUAACCGUGAAAUGGUUAACGUGAACUUGGACUGGACAGAGUCCCUGCCCCACCCCGAUGAGCGCGUUGAGUAUGAAUUCUGGACCAACAGUAACGACGAAUGUGGUACAAAAUGCGAUAGCCAGAUUGAUUUCGUCAAGAGCUUCAAAGGAGCAGCCCAGAUACUCGAGAAGAAGGGAUACACACAGUUCACUCCUCAUUACAUUACCUGGUAUUGCCCAGAGGCCUACACUCUAAGCAAGCAGUGCAAAUCCCAGUGCAUCAACCACGGGAGGUAUUGCGCACCAGAUCCGGAACAGGAUUUCAGCAAAGGGUACGAUGGGAAAGAUGUGGUGGUGCAAAAUUUACGCCAAGUCUGUGUUCAUAAAGUUGCUACGGAGAGCAAGAAACCUUGGCUGUGGUGGGAUUAUGUGACUGAUUUUGCAGUUCGCUGCCCAAUGAAGGAAAAGAAGUACACCAAGGAAUGUGCUGAUGAAGUUAUCAAGUCACUUGGCCUAGAUCAUGAAGCAAUAGAUAAGUGUAUCGGUGACCCAAACGCUGAUAAAGAAAAUCCUGUUUUGAAAGCUGAACAAGACGCACAGAUUGGCAAGGGCUCUCGUGGUGAUGUCACCAUCUUACCAACUCUUGUAAUCAACAAUAGACAAUACCGAGGGAAACUUGACAAAGGAGCAGUUCUUAAAGCACUUUGUGCUGGAUUUCGAGAAACUACUGAGCCAGCUGUUUGCUUAACUGAAGAUAUACAAACAAAUGAGUGCUUGGAGAACAAUGGCGGAUGUUGGCAAGACAAGGCUGCUAACAUCACUGCUUGCAAGGACACUUUCCGCGGAAAAAUCUGUGAAUGUCCAGUUGUGAAAGGUGUCAAAUUCGUUGGUGAUGGUUACACUCACUGCAAAGCUUCGGGGUCUGGGCGGUGUGAGAUCAACAACGGUGGCUGUUGGAAGGAGACCAAGAAUGGCCGAACAUACUCUGCUUGUACUGCUGAUGGCUGUAAGUGCCCAGAUGGGUUUAAAGGCGAUGGAGUCCAUAAAUGUGAAGAUGUUGAUGAAUGCAAGGAAAGGACCGCAUGCCAAUGCAAGGAAUGCAACUGCAAGAACACAUGGGGAAGCUAUGAGUGUGGCUGCAGUGGAGGCUUGCUGUACAUGAAGGAGCAUGAUACAUGCAUAAGCAAGGAUGCAGCAGCACAGGUAGGUUGGGGAUUCUUGUGGGUCGUUUUCUUCGGCCUAGCGGCAGCAGGAAUUGCAGGAUACGCGGUGUACAAGUACCGGAUCCGGAGGUACAUGGAUUCGGAGAUCCGGGCGAUCAUGGCACAGUACAUGCCCCUGGACAACCAAGGUGAUCACUCUAACCAUAUUGAGAUGUGAAGAGCAACGCGUCUUCUUUCUGACAGCUUAUGGAGACGACGAGAUGGUAGAGCAUUUCUCGUCUGGCAUAUGUGACUGUAGCAACCUUAAUGUACAGCAUACUUAAACCAACCUGUAAAUUUCCAUAUCAUCUUGCAAUAACCAUUGGGAAAUAAUCCCCCGACUGACUGAUCCAUCGAUCAGAUCGGCCGGGUCUUUCGUCUA